AUGGAGCAAGAAUCAACAUCAUACAAAUACCAAUACCAUCAGGUAUUCAGCAUUGGAUACUACGUGCAAUGCUCAUUUGACGAUACGUUAUCCGUGUAUAGAUUUCGUCGCGAUCCUGAUUGCGUCACGUGGUUUACAAAACAGCUAGAAGAAUUGUCACAUAAUGUUAAGACGCGUUUAUCCGCUAAUGUUCCCAUGAUUCCAUUGUCAAAAGAACAGUGGGAGGCAUACUUUUUCCACAAUUUAUCAGGUUAUGAUUCACAUUUCAUAAUAAAGGAAAUAGCAACCGCGUUUGAAGGUGGAGUUAGUUUACUACCAAUCACAAAAGAAAAGUAUAUUUCUUUUACCAAAACCGUUAAAGAUACCACCGAAGAAGAUUUGCGAAAACAUAUCCAGCUAAGAUUCAUAGAUUCAUUCAGAUUUCUUAACACUAGUCUUGAUAAAUUAGCGUCAUAUUUCAAUACCGAUAAAUUAAAAAUUCUACGUUCAGAAUUUUCAAAUUUAUCUAGUGAAGAAUUUAGUUUAUUAACGCGGAAGGGUGUAUUUCCUUAUGAAUAUGUGGAUUGCGCGGACAAGUUGCAGGACACGUGUUUACCGCCGCGCGAAUCAUUUUACAGUAGCCUGACCGCAGACAUUUUUGAAAAUUUUCGUGAUACAUGUAUUCAAAGUUAUGGUCUCGAUCCUGCACAUUAUUAUACACUCCCUGGAUAUACGUGGGACGCUAUGCUAAAAUAUACUAAAAUUACAUUUGAACUACUCACAGACAUUGACAUGAUAUUCUUCAUUGAGCGCGGUAUACGUGGAGGUUUAAGUCAAUGUUCAGGUAGAUAUGCACAAGCGAAUAAUAAGUACAUGCAGUCGUAUGACUCAUCUAAACCAUCGUCAUACCUGAUGUACUUUGAUGUCAAUAAUUUAUACGGAUGGGCAAUGUGCCAACCUUUGCCUUACGCUAAAUUUCAAUGGGUUAAAGAUAUCUUAAAUUUUAACGUAAACGCAAUCGCUCCGGAUUCACCCACUGGUUACAUUCUCGAGGUUGAUCUCGAGUAUCCUCAAAAUCUUCAUGACGCGCACGCCGAUCUACCAUUCUGUCCGACGCGCGACAAGCCGCCCGGUACGCGAGAAGAGAAAUUGCUUGCAACUGUUUGCGAUAAGAAGCGUUACAUCAUUCAUUAUCGCAACUUGCAACAGUGCAUGCGUUAUGGUCUCCGCGUAACACAAAUACACCGCGUGUUAAAAUUCGCACAAUCUCCAUGGCUCCGCAAGUAUAUUGAAUUAAACACACAAUUCCGAACCCUUGCAAAAAAUGAUUUCGAAAAAAAUUUAUAUAAACUUAUGAAUAAUGCGGUAUUCGGGAAAACUAUGGAGAAUGUGCGCACUCACGUUGACGUAAAACUGUUAACGAAAUGGGACGGACGGUACGGCGCGGAGGCAAUGAUCGCGAAACCUAAUUUUCAUAGUAGAAGCGUAUUUUCGGAGAACCUAAUCGCUAUCGAACUGCGUAAUCUCGAGGUGAAAUUCAACAAGCCGAUCUACGUAGGAAUGUGUAUACUCGACAUUUCCAAAAUCUGUUUGUAUGAAUUUCACCACGAGUACAUGCACCACUGUAUCGCGAUAAAUGCAAAAUUCGACACUAGCGAUUAUCCGAUCGGCAAUGCGUACGGUAUGCCUCUUGAAAAUAAAAAAGUGCCGGGUCUGAUGAAGGAUGAGAACAACGGUGCGAUAAUGACCGAGUUUGUUGGACUCAGAGCGAAAAUGUAUGCAAUGAGGGUGGAUGGGAAGAAAGACACCAAAAAGGCUAAAGGUGUCAAGAGCAGCGUCGUCGCGCGAACUAUAACAUUCGAUGAUUAUACACGCUGUCUCCGUGAAGAAAUCGAAAUGACACGUCGCCAAUCAUGUAUACGAUCAAAGUUACAUGAAGUAUACACGAUAUCUGAAAAAAAAAUCGCCCUGAGCCCAUACGAUGACAAACGAUAUCUCGUGCCGGAUUCGACUGAAACAUUGCCGUGGGGACAUUGGCGGAUACCUUUGUAA